UGCCUAAUCCGAAGAAGACGACGAAGAAGAAGAAGAAGAAGAAGAAGAAGCUAGUUUCUCGUUUUGGACCAGGAAGUGCAGUCCCAGAUCCACCGUUAUAACAAAAACAAAGGGUUCUAGGGAGCUACACAUAGUUUAUCCUUUGAUAACCUGGAAUCCUAUUCGUCUUGACAUGGAGGACACACUCUUCCAGUUAAAGUUCACUUCCAAGCAGCUUGAGAGACUGGCCAAGAAGGCAGAGAAGGAGUCGGAGAAGGAGCAGGCCAAGGUUAAGAAGGCGUUGCAACAGAAGAAUGUGGAUUGUGCCAGAGUGUAUGCAGAAAAUGCUAUCCGGAAAAAAAAUGAAGGUCUCAAUUGGCUGCGCAUGGCGUCUCGAGUCGACGCGGUGGCCUCCAAAGUCCAGACUGCAGUCACCAUGAAGGGAGUGACCAAAAACAUGGGCCAGGUGACCAAAGCUCUGGACAGAGCUCUAAACUCCAUGGAUCUCCAAAAGGUCUCUGCUGUCAUGGAUAAGUUUGAAACCCAAGUCCAGAACCUUGACGUCCACACCUCAGUGAUGGAGGAUUCUAUGAGCUCGGCAAUGACGCUGACCACGCCUCAGGAACAGGUGGACGACUUGAUCCACCAAAUAGCAGAGGAGGGCGGCCUGGAGGUGAUGGACCAGCUGAGCCAGCUGCCUGCAGGAGCCACCUCGGUAGGCGCAGAGAGCUCACGGAGCCAGGAUAGGGAAGACCAGCUGUCUCGACGGUUGGCUGCUUUGCGGAACUAAGGACUCCCCCCCCCCCCCCCCCCCCGAGAAGAGACGGCGCUUCUUAUGGCUGUGUGGAAACAGACGAGUGUAACGAUGGCGUCAGGAUCUGUGUGUAUUUCUAUUGAACUGUUCUUACAAGGAGGACUUAAUGAGCCUAUCGAUUACCAUCCCCCUGCCUGCUCUAUAAAUACACACACACACACACACACACACACACACACACACACACACACAUAGGCUAGAAAUACUACCUGAGAAGGCAUAAAUCUCUCUGGUUCACCUUCCCAUCUGAUCCGUGUAUUCCCAUUUCUAUCUCCCCCUGUAAUUCCCCCCCACUGGAUCUGAUUUCAACUUUUUUUCUCUGUGUUUCUCCACCAGCACCACCACCUCCUCCUGUUCUCCCACUCAUCAAUUCUCAAACCACACACUUUUGGAUGUAUGCUUUGUAUGAAAAAAAAUAUAUAUAUAUUCACAAACUGCAUAAUUUAAAAUGAUGAAAACGUUUAAGUGAACAAUUCUAUUGAUUAUAAUCAAUUUUGGUGAGUAUGGCGUCCCCGGCUCUCAAAGGUGACGGGUGGGUUAAAGUGUUCUGUCACUCAGAGUUUUCUUGGGAAGAAGGAGACACAUACAUUUAAUCGGAAAAGAAAUACCAGAUUUUAUACUUUGGUGUUUGGAAAUGUUUAAGUUUGAAAGUAAUCUCUUAGUAACGCUAACAAACACUAACAGCUGUAACACAGCAAGGGACAAUCCUCCUUUGGUUUCUCACAGUCAACAUGAUUUAUUUUCGUGUUCUGCUUUUGUGUUAUUUAACUUUGUUGUUGAUUAUUUCUCAUACCUGUAUUGAGACUUUUUGCUUUCAAUGCCUUAUUUGGGAUGCAGGUGCUUGCCUAGGUGCUUCUCCCCCCCCCCCCCAGUGCCUGAAGGACAGUAGUUUAGAAAGCAAAGAGCAGCAAACCCAAACUCUACUGACAGCCAACUUCACUUCAACUCUGACUGAUGAGUGAGCGCUCUGGUUGCCAUAGGCAUCAUGGGGGGACAUAUAUAGGAAACAUAUAUAUUAUAGAAGCUGGAUCUCUUGGAGGUGUCCCCCAGCAACACUGAAACCUUACUCAGAGAGUUUUUGGAUAUCUUCUCUGUCUCAAAAUAAAGUAAUCAUCCCCAGCUGGCUAAGUCUAAAACACUUCCAGUAGAAGUCGUCAGUUAAAAGCAGAGAUGUAUAUGCUGGAUAUUGUUUUAAUUUUUUUUUUUUAUUAUAAGAAGCAAUUGCUACUCAUUGUUGCCUUGUAAACCACAAACAAUGGUAACAGCAUGAGUUACCAGAAGACUAGUUCUAUUUCUGUUCUUUGAGAUCACAGCUUCGUAUGGAGAGGCCCGUUAAGUGAGUUCUCUGGUUUUGAUGCAUCCUUCUUUGAGCAUUCAAUACAGAUCUCAGUGAGAGGGCAGGCAGGCCAAAACCAGACCUCAGCCUAUAACAGAGCCUCUGUACCCUCGGCUGUUUUCCAUUCAUUUCUCCAUUUUUACACAAGAAGGGUUUAUUACUCAACGUUUAGCAGACUUUGAAGCACUUUUGUUUUCUAUAUUUAUCUUGGUUAAUAAAAUCUUGCCCUCU